GUCUGCUCUCUGCUCUCUCUCUCUCUCUCUCUCUCUGUGUCUGUACAUUGUGUGUGGUGAGAGAGAAGCCGAGCUGCUAAUAUUCUUCAACUAUCUAUCUCUACUUUGGAGCAGUGCUUGUGUUUGUUUGGUGCUACAAUACAAUGGAGGAAGCACUGUUGUUUCAGAAGAAGACGAAGAAGCUCGUUUUCUAUUCUGUGAUGCUUGCUUUUAUGCUUCUCUUUCCCCUUGCUUCACCUCUCAAUGACGAAGGCAAAGCGUUAAUGUCGAUUAAGGCGUCGUUUAACAACAUAGCAAAUGUGUUGCUGGACUGGGAUGAUGUUCAUAACGAUGAUUUCUGUUCAUGGCGUGGCGUCUUCUGUGACAAUAUCACCCUAUCUGUUGUUUCUCUGAAUUUGUCAAAUUUGAACUUGGGUGGGGAGAUUUCACCAGCCAUUGGAGACCUGAAGAAUCUACAGUCCAUGGAUUUUCAGGGCAACAAAUUAACUGGUCAAAUUCCUGAUGAGAUAGGCAACUGUGUUUCUCUGAUGCUAGUGGAUUUAUCUGAUAAUUUACUGUAUGGAGAUAUACCAUUCUCAAUAUCCAAGCUUAAGCAGCUUGAGUUAUUGAAUUUGAAGAACAAUCAAUUGACUGGUCCUAUCCCUUCAACAUUAACACAGAUUCCCAACCUCAAAACUCUGGACCUUGCUCGUAACCAGCUUAUUGGUGAGAUACCGAGGUUAAUCUAUUGGAAUGAAGUAUUACAAUAUCUAGGGUUACGUGGCAAUUCUUUAACUGGAACCCUGUCCCCAGAUAUGUGCCAACUGACUGGCCUGUGGUAUUUUGAUGUAAGAGGCAAUAACCUAACUGGAACAAUCCCUGAUAACAUUGGCAAUUGUACAAGCUUUGAGAUCUUAGACAUCUCAUACAAUCAGAUCUCUGGGGAGAUUCCAUACAAUAUUGGCUUUCUACAAGUGGCCACUUUAUCUCUGCAAGGAAAUAGGCUGACAGGGAAAAUUCCAGAGGUGAUAGGUCUAAUGCAAGCCCUUGCUGUUUUGGAUUUAAGUGAGAACGAACUAGUUGGGCCAAUUCCGCCAAUUCUUGGCAAUUUGUCUUACACUGGAAAACUGUAUCUCCAUGGCAACAAGCUUACAGGACCGAUUCCACCAGAGCUUGGCAAUAUGUCAAAGCUCAGCUAUUUGCAAUUAAAUGGCAAUCAAUUGGUUGGUGGAAUCCCAGCUGAACUUGGGAAACUUGAGCAGCUUUUUGAAUUGAACCUUGCCAAUAACAAUCUGGAAGGUCCCAUUCCACACAACAUCAGCUCCUGCACUGCAUUGAAUCAAUUUAAUGUGUAUGGUAAUCGCUUAAGUGGAUCAAUUCCUCUGGGCUUCCAAAGUCUUGAAAGUCUGACUUAUCUGAAUCUCUCGUCAAAUCAUUUCAAAGGAAGUAUACCUGUUGAGCUGGGACGUAUCAUCAAUUUGGAUACAUUGGAUCUAUCUAGCAACAAUUUCUUGGGACCCGUUCCUGCUUCUAUAGGUGACCUGGAGCAUCUCCUCACUCUGAAUUUGAGUCAUAAUCAUCUUAAUGGACCCAUACCUUCAGAAUUCGGCAUUCUCAGAAGUAUACAAAUUAUAGAUAUGUCAUUCAACAACUUGUCUGGUCAUAUCCCUGAGGAGUUGGGUCAAUUGCAGAACAUUGCGUCUCUUAUAUUGAAUAACAACAAUCUUCGUGGAGAAAUUCCAGAUCAGCUGACUAAUUGUUUGAGUCUUGCUACUCUGAAUGUUUCCUACAACAACUUAUCUGGAAUUGUUCCUCCUAUUGGAAACUUUUCACGGUUUUCACCUGACAGCUUCAUAGGAAAUCCGUUAUUAUGUGGGAACUGGUUUGGAUCAGUAUGUCAUCCUUGUGCACCAAAAUCGAAAGCAAUUUUCUCUAGGACAAUGGUGGUUUGUAUCACACUCGGCUUUGUAAUACUGCUAGGCGUGGUAAUAGUGGCUUUGUACAAAUCGAACCAGCUGGAUCCAUUUGUGGAGUCUAAGAAGAGCAUGCAAGGUAUAAUACCAAUCUUUGUGACUGGUAAUCUUCAAGUCAAGUUACCAAUGUGGGAUUUUGUUUUUUUUCCCCCUCCUUGGUCAGGUCCUCCAAAACUCGUUAUUCUUCACAUGGAUAUGGCUAUUCACACUUAUGAAGAUAUAAUGAGAAUCACUGAGAAUAUGAGCGAGAAAUACAUUAUAGGAUAUGGUGCUUCCAGUACGGUAUACAAGUGUAUAUUGAAGAAUUCCCGACCAAUUGCAAUUAAGCGAAUAUACACUCAGCAACCACAUAAUUUUAGAGAGUUUGAGACUGAGCUUGAGACAGUUGGUAGCAUCAGGCACAGAAACCUUGUCAGCUUGCAUGGUUAUGCACUGACACCCUAUGGAAACCUCCUCUUCUAUGACUACAUGGAGAAUGGUUCUCUUUGGGAUCUUCUUCAUGGACCGGCAAAGAAGGUAAAACUUGAUUGGGAGACACGUCUUAAGAUUGCAAUCGGAGCUGCCCAAGGACUUGCUUAUCUUCACCAUGAUUGUAACCCGAGAAUUAUUCACCGGGAUGUUAAGUCCUCAAAUAUCCUACUGGAUGAGAACUUUGAGGCUCAUCUCUCUGAUUUUGGUAUUGCAAAAUCUAUUCCCACUGCAAAAACCCACGCAUCAACUUAUGUUCUGGGUACCAUUGGUUACAUUGACCCAGAGUAUGCUCGGACCUCUCGGCUAAAUGAGAAAUCGGAUGUUUAUAGUUUUGGUGUUGUUCUUUUGGAGUUGCUGACUGGAAAGAAGGCCGUAGACAAUGAGUCUAACUUGCAUCAGCUGAUAUUGGCGAAGGCAGAUGAUAACACCGUGAUGGAGGCAGUUGAUCCUGAGGUCUCUGUUACAUGCAUGGAUUUAACCCACGUCAGAAAGACCUUUCAGCUUGCCUUGCUGUGCACAAAGCGCUAUCCAUCUGAGAGACCAACCAUGCACGAAGUCGCUAGGGUCUUGAUCUCCUUGCUUCCAGCUCCUCCAGCAAAGGCAAGUGCAGCUCUGCCAAAAACUAUUGACUAUGCGCUAUUCGUGAUCGAUAAAGGGCAGACUCAACUGAAUGCUCAGCAACUUCAUCCCCAGGCUGACAACAGUUCCUCUGAUGCACAAUGGUUUGUUAGGUUCCGCGAAGUGAUCUCUAAAAACACUCAUUAACAGAGUUUGCACUGUUUCUGUGUUCUUUUUUUGCUUCCCCUGAAGAAAGGGAAAUGGGUGACGAUGAAUGGCAUAGGAAAAUCCCAAAUUUUGGUUCCUGCUGGGAUUUUUUGUUUUUCAAUCUGGACAAUGUAGAUGUGGCCUUAACAAUUAACUAAUUUUUUCUUUUUAAGGAUAUUCUGGGCGAAGGUUAUUUUUAGUAAAUUUAACCUGUACCUACAUAUUUAGAAUUAUCAGUUAGUUUAUACAAGCAUUUCCGAAAUAGUGUGGUGCUUUAUUUUGUUGUAUACUUGACAGCUGACAACAUAUUUGUGUAAUUUUACAUUUUGGAUUUGGAGCGUCA